AUGAUGCACUCGUCUCAGAAGGACACAACCUACACAAAGAUAUUUGUAGGGGGUCUUCCAUAUCACACCACGGACUCCAGUCUCAGGAAAUACUUCGAAGUGUUCGGUGAUAUCGACGAGGCUGUUGUUAUAACAGACAGACAGACUGGCAAAUCCAGAGGUUAUGGAUUCGUGACGAUGGCAGACCGGGCGUCUGCGGACCGAGCCUGCAAGGACCCAAACCCCAUCAUCGACGGCCGGAAAGCCAAUGUGAACCUGGCCUACCUGGGGGCCAAGCCCAGGGUCAUGCAGCCAGGUUUCUCAUUUGGUGUUCCUCAAAUCCAUCCAGCGUUCAUCCAGAGGCCUUAUGGGAUCCCAGCCCACUACGUCUACCCCCAGGCCUUUAUGCAGCCAAGCACCAUGGUCAUCCCUCACAGCAUGCAGUCGCCCGCCGCCACGGCCUCCGCCGCCUCCUCCCCGUACCUCGACUACACAGGAGCAGCCUACGCUCAGUACUCAGCCGCAGCUGCCAGCGCCGCGGCCGCCGCUGCCUACGAGCAGUACCCGUACGCAGCCUCCCCGGCCCCUGCGGGCUACAUGGCUGCAGCAGGGUAUGGUUAUGCGGUCCAGCAGCCCCUAGCAGCCGCAGCCACCCCAGGAGCAGCCGCUGCAGCUGCUGCCUUCGCCCAGUACCAGCCUCAGCAGCUUCAGGCAGACCGCAUGCAGUAA